CUUUAGAGCACGUUUCGAUAGGAUGCGUGGUUCGACAGAACACCAGCACCGCGAGGGAUCUACUGUUAUCGCGAGAUUUGGUUUCCCAGGGCGACGUCGAGCUGCUUCACUUCCAUGGAGAAAACACAGCGACAGAAGACCAAACUGAUUGCUAACCAGCAUUACGAUGAAAGCCUGGAUGUGAACGAUUCAGAGGAGAUCGCCAGCGUGUACACUCCUUCGCCCCGACAGACAGCAGUUUCCAGAAAAGCAAGGAGGCCGAAAGGUGGCAUGACAAAUCAAAGCAAUGAUGAUAUGGAAGACGAAACAAAGCACAAAAAGAAGGAACCAGAUCCAGGAGGUCAGCGAGCCUUAAGCGAUAACGAAGAUGACGAUGAUGAUGAUGAUGACGACGACGAUGAUGAUGACGGUUCAGAUGAGACAGAGUCAGAUGAAGAGGAAGGAGACCAGGUAUCUGCUCCAGAAGGGGCAUAUGACCCGGCUGAUUAUGACCACCUCCCAGUUAGCGCUGAGAUCAAAGAGCUGUUUCAGUACAUCACUCGGUACACGCCUCCGACCAUUGAGCUGGACCACAAGCUGAAACCUUUCAUACCUGACUUCAUCCCUGCAGUGGGUGACAUUGAUGCUUUUCUGAAGGUUCCACGUCCAGAUGGCAAACCUGAUAACCUGGGCCUCUUGGUUCUGGAUGAACCCUGUACCAAGCAGUCAGACCCAACGGUGCUGUCUCUUUGGCUCUCGGAGAACAGCAAGCAGCACAACAUUACCGAAGUUAAGGUGAAGAGCCUCGAAAACCCAGAGAAGAAUUCCAAAGCGAUCGAGAACUGGAUUGAGAGCAUCAGUGAGCUUCAUCGCUCUAAACCUCCUGCCACGGUACACUACACCAGGCCAAUGCCUGAUAUCGACACCUUGAUGCAGGAAUGGCCUCUUGAGUUUGAGGAGCUUCUUGGGAAGGUCACUCUGCCCACCGCAGACAUUAACUGUGACUUGGCAGAGUACAUCGACAUCAUAUGUGGCAUCUUGGACAUUCCAAUAUACAAGAGCCGCAUCCAGUCCCUCCACGUGCUGUUCACACUCUAUUCAGAGUUCAAGAAUUCACAGCACUUCAAAGCCCUGGCAGAAGGUCAAAAGACUCGCACACCAUCGGCCCCACGCUCCGGGCCUGGCGAUUCCGAGUCGCAGCCUUUCUGAAACAGUCCAGCCCCUGAGUGUGAAGUUUCUUGAGAAGAAGCUGCUCAGUUUUUUUUCAGCAGGGACAACUUUCAUUGUCGGUGGUCUCACGCAUAUCGAAAUGUUCCACACUACAGACAAUUUUAAUUAUAUAUUUUUUAAUAAUACACUACAUCUGAAUAUUUAAGUUAUCUGUACUCCAUUUGUACUUUAUGGAUUAAUGGUUGUGUUGGAAGAGGCAUUGGUGUUUGGUGGACUGUUGAGAAUGAAAACAAUUUAUUAUAUGGGCUUAGAGAGAGCAUUGAAAUGUUUUGCCUCAAACCUCAGGUGCAGAUGAUAUUUAGAUUCUUGCUUUACACCAAGGCUUUUGUUUCCUUAACUUUGCAGAAUUGAUGGAAAUAGAAUAUAUAGGCAUCUGUAAAUCUACAAAGCUUUAGCCCUCUAAACUUGUUUUUUUAUAUAUAUAUAUAUAAGAAUCCUUUGAAUUUGCAUAUAUUGUUUAAUAAAAUUUCUGUUCAGUUUGUGUCUAACUCACUGAUAAUGCCAUUUUAGUUAAGAUAGUGCUAUUUAAAGAAGUAAAGACACCUUUCCUCCACUUAUAAGCUGGAA